UUUCCCCUCGGAAUCAUGACUUCAUCAGAAGCCAUGGAUGGCCCGGCUCAGUGUCUGCGGCCGUCUUCCGUGCCACGCGCCCUGGUGCUUCCUGGAUCCGUGCCAGCGGCGACGGGAAGGCAGCAGCGCCGGAUGAUAGAUGCCCAGCAGCUGGCCCGGCUCCUGCAGCAGGGCCUGGGCCGCAUGCUGCUCAUCGACUGCCGCACCUUCUCUGAGUACAACGCCUCGCACGUGCUCAGCUCCAUCAACAUCUGCUGCUCCAAGCUGGUCAAGAGGCGCCUGCAGCAGGACAAAGUGUCGGUCGGGGAGCUCCUACAGCCUGGGGCCAAGGUGAAGCUGGACCUGGGCAGGAAGCAGGAAGUGGUGGUGUACGACCAGAGCACCCAGGACACCAGCGUGCUCACCAAAGACAGCUUUGUCUACAUUCUCCUGGGCAAGCUGGAGGGCAGCUUCCACAGGGUGUCCCUGCUCACAGGGGGUUUUGCGGCCUUCUCCUCCUGCUUCCCCGGCCUCUGCGAGGGCAAACCCACUACCAUCCUUCCCAUGAGCCUUUCUCAGCCCUGCCUUCCGGUAGCCAACGUGGGUCCCACGCGCAUCCUGCCCCACCUCUACCUGGGCUCACAAAAAGACGUCCUCAACAAGGACCUGAUGGCUCAGAACGGUAUCACCUAUGUGCUGAAUGCCAGUAACACCUGCCCAAAGCCCGACUUCAUCUGUGAGAGCCACUUCCUGCGGGUCCCCGUCAACGACAGCUACUGUGAGAAGCUCCUGCCCUGGCUGGAGAAGACCAACGACUUCAUCGACAAAGCCAAAGUGUCCAACGGUCGAGUCAUUGUCCAUUGUCUGGCGGGAAUUUCCCGGUCGGCUACAAUCGCCAUUGCUUAUAUUAUGAAAACAAUGGGCCUGUCAUCAGAUGAUGCUUACAGGUUUGUGAAGGACAGGAGGCCCUCAAUAUCACCAAACUUCAACUUUCUGGGUCAGCUGCUGGAGUUUGAGAAGGGCCUGAAGCUCUUGAAGGCCUUGUCCUCAGUCCCCGGGAAGAACUUGAUCGAUCAGCUCGAGGAGGACCGUGAGCGUAAGCCCCAGGAAGGCAGUGGCAGGAGCACUCUUCUGGAGAGCAGACUCCAUGACGCGGAGCCUAGGGUCCAGGAGAUGGAACCCAAAGCUUCUAGCCCUGCCUCGCUCCAGCAGGGUCUCAAUGGCCUGCACUUGUCGUCAGAGCACAUCCUGGACACCAGCCUCCUGAAGCGCUCUUUCUCCCUGAACAUCCACUCUGCCUAUAACCCGAGCCCCGGGCCCAGAGAUGCCUCCAGCGUGGACAGCGAGCUCGUGGAUGCAAAGAAUGUGCCCAAGCUCUGCAAGCUGGACAGUCCGGGCAGCCUCAACGGCAUCUGUCCAUUCUCCCCAGUGACGGACAGUCCAGCCCUGCUGGAAUCGACAAGCAGCGGGGAAUCCUGGACGCGGCAGAAAUGGAAAGGCGAAAGCGAGGGCAGCAUGGGCAGCUUGUCGACACAGACGCUGAGCCUGAGCGUCGGCCGAGGCGAGGCCCCCCAGAAGAGCCCUGGCCUGGGCAGGAACCUGAAGGCCUCACUGCUCCUCAGCCUCCCCGGCUUGGGCUCCGGCCAAAUGUGGACCAAGCACAGGGACCCGGCACAAGCCACCACCCCAGACACGCCCACGGGAGACGGCCCGUGGUAUCUGGGCACUGACUCACCGGCCGGGGGGAGCAGCGUGCGUUUCGGGAGCAGCUCGGCCUACGUAGCCUUUAGCUGCAGCGGACUCCCCGGCGGCCGCGAGCCAGUGUGCCUGCGCGAGAAGCCGGGCCAGCGGCGGGAUUCCCGGGGCAGCUGGCACGAGGACACCCCCGGCGGCGCCUCCGACAAACAGUUCAAACGUCGCAGCUGCCAGAUGGAGUUUGAGGACGGCAUGGCUGAGGCCGGCACCUGCGAGGAGCUCGCCAAGAUCAGCAAGCAGUCCAGCUUCUCGGGCAGUAUGGAGAUCAUCGAGGUGUCCUGACAUACCAGCCUAUGGACAAGAACUGUCUUCUUGUGGAGGGGGAUGGGGUGGGGGAGGGAGAGGAGCAAAUGGGUUUAUUUAUAACAUAGUUCUAUUUUUUGUUAGUUUUGUUAGCAUUUUUGGCUCGAAGGAAUCUGAAAGAGCGGCGUUCCUGCUUUGUCUCUUAGCACAAGUGUGCAGAAGCCUAAAAUGACAAUGACACUGGCUGUCACUGAUGCAUACUGUAAAUCGCACCCCCUACAGAUCGCUCGCCUUCUGCAGGGAAAUCCGCAUGCUUCCCUCAGAGCAAAGGGGGACCCCCUUCUGCAGGACCGUGAAGGAAGCUUUGAUCUGGCUUUCAUUGUGUAACUGGUUGUGUCAGGCAGUGACACAUGUCACGUUGACACGGGUGAGCCUGGCUGGGGACAGAACGUAAAUGAAGGACUCUGUGCUGGGCAGGCCGCAAGCUAGCUAAAUGGCAGCGAGCAUGUGGCAAAACACACAUAGAGCGCAUAUGCAUUUAAUAAAUGCGAACGCGACGGAUUCUUCCAGCAAUGCCCGGUGGGCGGCCGCGCCGCAGAACUGACAAUGCCACCGGUGGCUUGGAGGGCACCUGUGAUGUGCUUGUGAGCGCUGAGCAUGCUGGGAAAUAACCCUGUGACCUUGUAGGUGGUGAGGUCACACGCGUGUAGUGAGAGAGUGCAUGUGUGCGUGUGUGUCACAGCGCUGUUAAUGCGCCUUUCUUGAUAAUUCAUUUUAAUUUACUUUAUUUGUUCAGUCAGCGAGAAAAACUAUAUAAAUAUGGUGAAAUCAUGACGGUUUAUUUCGGGUGUUUUUGAAACCAGAAAUAUACAAACUCAACUCAAGCAAUACUUUUAAUUAUUUUUUUGAUUCCUUUUUCUCUGUGUAACCAAGAUGGACUUUAGGGAUUUAGAUAACUUCUAGCAAUAUCCCUAAAACAAAAAUCCCAAUGGAAAUAACUGAUACACGUACCCCUUCUCACCUAAUCUUCAAAGCAUGCAUUUUCUUCUGGGAGAUUCAGAUUAAGGAUGAAUGACAAACCUUAUACAUGUGACCUUAGAGCGUUAUGAGAGAUUUAUGGAUUUUAAUGAAAAUGAAUUAGAGCACAUUAUUUAAGCUAAUUAGUGCACAUUUAUUCUGGGGGCUAAAGGAUGUUUUAGGGGAACUAAAACGCCCCUAAAGCAGCGAUGCUCUGGUUCUGAUCUGUGUAACUUUCCCAUGCAUCUUUAAAAUGAACCUGAAAUCUUGAAUGGACCCUGACAGCACAUUUUAAUCAGAACAUGCUGUGGUGUCUUUUAGCCCUGUUGUCGGUGCAAUACGAUGCUAUAGAACACCUUGGAUCCCUGCUCCACAGAGCGGCUUCCAGCAAGCGAUGCUACGUUACUCACUCGUGUUCAGCUCUGCCGUAGAUAGAGUAUUUUGAUACAGAAUAAAAUCAGCCCCCAUUUUGGCCUUAUUAUCCCUUUCAUUAUUCUUUCUUUAUGAAAAUGCACGAGGAAAGGAUUUUAUCAUUACUAAAGUGAAUGCAGUUACUCAAAUAUAUAAAUAUAUAAAUAUAUAAAUUUAUUUUUGAUCCUGGUUGCAUUUUCAAAUGACGACCUUUGACCUUCUGUUUGUGCUGCUGAAAAUUCAGACUUUGAUUGACUGUGUGUCAUUUUUCCUUUUUCUUUUUUCUUUUCUUUUCUAAGUAUUUUGAAAAACAUUGUUGUUACCAUUAUUAUAAUUAUUAUUUAUAACCUAUGUAAUGAAAUGAUGCAGAUUGUCUUGAUUAUAAUAAAUUGUCAUUAUUGAUUUUUAUCUUGUUGUAAAUUGCAAUGUAAUUUUAAAGGAAAAUUCUGAUACCUUUGGCUGCUUGAUGCAAAAUACCUCAGGUUAAACUGAAAGGCUUUUCCUUCCCUUGUACCUGUUUUGUGAAAAUGAAACAAAAACUCAAGCAAAAA